GAUCUCAAGGGUAAAGAACGCCAUAUUGUGAAUCGGAAUAACGCGAAGUGCGUAUAGAGCUUGCGCGACAGUCUUUACGGGAGUUGCAUCACUACACGUGAAGUUCAGAUCUUCGUCUUUCGAGUAAUUUUUACACCGAAAUACGGUUUAAAAUGUUGACCGCAGCAAGAUUAUUGAGUCGAGGGUGUACAGGAGUUGUUUCAGACAUUACGAGGAAACAAAACUUCAGUACGAUCAUUAAAAAUGCUGCUGCACCAACGAUGUCCAUGGCCCAAAGGCAAAGUGAUCUUCAUCAGUACAGAUAUAAAUCCGAAGGUGUGAAAGGUGCUGUAAUCGGUAUUGAUCUUGGUACAACAUUUUCCUGCGUAGCUGUAAUGGAAGGAAAACAAGCUAAGGUCAUCGAAAAUGCUGAAGGUUCUCGCACAACUCCAUCAUAUGUUGCGUUCACCAAAGAUGGAGAACGCCUGGUUGGUAUGCCGGCAAAACGUCAGGCUGUCACUAACUCUUCCAAUACUUUUUAUGCCACCAAACGUUUGAUUGGUCGUAGAUUCGAAGAUGCAGAAGUCAAAAAAGACAUGAAAUCUGUUUCGUACAAAAUCGUCCGCGCCUCCAAUGGAGAUGCCUGGGUCCAGGGUGGAGAUGGUAAAAUGUAUUCACCCAGUCAAAUUGGAGCAUUCGUACUGAUGAAAAUGAAAGAAACAGCGGAAGCGUAUUUGAACACACCUGUUAAGAAUGCCGUAGUUACAGUACCUGCUUACUUCAAUGACUCACAGAGACAGGCAACUAAAGAUGCUGGACAAAUUGCUGGCCUCAAUGUACUUAGGGUUAUCAACGAACCCACUGCAGCUGCAUUGGCUUAUGGCAUGGACAAGACUGAAGACAAAAUCAUUGCUGUGUAUGAUUUGGGUGGUGGUACCUUCGACGUUUCUAUUCUGGAAAUCCAGAAGGGAGUUUUUGAAGUCAAAUCCACCAACGGAGACACAUUCCUGGGUGGUGAAGACUUCGAUAAUGCACUAGUGAAUUACCUCGUCGCAGAGUUUAAAAAAGAUCAAGGACUUGAUGUGACUAAGGACGCAAUGGCCAUGCAGCGUCUUAAAGAAGCAGCGGAGAAAGCAAAAAUCGAAUUGUCUAGCUCCAGUCAAACUGACGUGAACUUACCUUACCUGACUAUGGAUUCUAGCGGACCUAAACAUUUAAACCUAAAGCUUUCUCGAAGCAAAUUCGAGAGUCUCGUUGGAGAUUUAAUUAAGCGAACGUUGCAGCCUUGCAAGAAAGCUUUGUCCGACGCAGAAGUAUCAAAGUCUGAUAUCGGAGAAGUCCUGUUGGUCGGAGGUAUGACCAGAAUGCCCAAGGUUCAACAGACUGUACAAGAAAUCUUUGGCAAACAGCCUUCAAAGGCUGUAAACCCUGAUGAAGCUGUCGCGGUUGGUGCCGCUGUACAGGGUGGUGUACUUGCGGGUGAUGUCACUGACGUCCUUCUCCUAGACGUUACUCCUCUUUCUCUGGGUAUCGAAACUCUUGGCGGAGUUUUCACAAGAUUAAUUUCUCGUAACACUACAAUCCCAACUAAGAAGAGUCAAGUAUUCUCGACGGCAGCUGAUGGCCAAACUCAAGUAGAAAUUAAGGUACAUCAAGGAGAAAGAGAAAUGGCAGGAGACAACAAACUUCUUGGUCAGUUUACACUCGUCGGAAUCCCACCAGCGCCGAGAGGCGUACCUCAGAUUGAAGUCACCUUUGACAUUGACGCAAACGGUAUCGUUCACGUGUCAGCCAGAGAUAAGGGCACUGGAAAAGAACAACAAAUCGUUAUCCAAUCCAGCGGUGGUCUAAGCAAGGACGAAAUCGAAAACAUGGUCAAGAAAGCAGAGCAAUACGCCAAGGAAGACAGAGUCAAGAAGGACCGAGUUGAGGCUGUCAAUCAAGCUGAAGGUAUCAUGCACGACACAGAAUCAAAGAUGGAGGAAUUCAAGUCUCAGUUGCCUGCCGAAGAGUGCGAGAAGCUGAAGGAACAGGUAGCAAAGGUUAGGGAGACAUUGGCAAACAAGGACGAUACGGACCCAGAAGAGAUCAAAAAACAAACGAACGAACUUCAACAAGCGAGUCUGAAGCUCUUCGAAAUGGCGUACAAGAAGAUGGCCGCUGAACGUGAAUCGAGCAGCGGUAGCAGCGACCAGAGCAGCCAGCAGGAGGGCGAGGAGGAAAAGAAGAAGGAAGAAAAGAAUUAAUAUGAAUAAUCUAAGUACAAAUGGACCCAAAACGAUCUCUGGGCUGCCACAUUCACUUACAUUCAAACCACUACACAUGAAACUGAAAAAAAAAACAGGCAGAUUAGUCGUCCUUCUUUGUAGAUUAUUUGGGUAGGUAGCUCUUGUUUUUGCGAUGUUCCAUCGGUAGUAGGUAGUGGCAGGUAGAGAUGCUAGCGCGUCAUAGUUUUCUUGACCACAGGACACGAAGCUACGCAGUGACGUUGCGCUUGUAGAGUUGACGAAGAUGCAUUUCCCCGAGUAACAGUAAAUAGAAGACUUUCGCUGUAAAAGAAGUUAAGUUACCUGGUUCGACGAGUCGAACUUUCAAAAUCUUUCCAGAAACGUCAACUAUUGAUUAACGAAUAAAUUAAUCGACUAACUAUUGUCACAGCAUAAGUCGUCUGUUGAAUCGUAUUUUACUAUUACAGGAAAACACCUAUAAUAUUAAGCAUAUUUCAUAUAUAUGUUAUUAUAUACAUAAAGAAAAUAAUCCAGUAUACGUGCGAUCAUAACAGAAAAUUUUCAUGUAAAUUGUGUACAUAAUGUUAUUAUGACGUGUGUUCUUGAGGGUGGGACAGUUAUAUCGGUUGGCGCUGAUAUGUUGUCAAACCUUUGAACGGCCGGCUGACGUCAUUCUCAUUACCUAACGCAACAUUUAGCGUUAUUUUAUGUGAAUCCAGUGUUGAUAUUGCCGGCAAGAUAGUUAUUAUUUGAUAUAUUUCAUACAUUCACUAGAGGCACCCUUACCCAGUGUAAAUGGGAGAGUAGUUGGAGAAAAAAACAAAGUGCGAUGAGGAGAAAAUGAGUCAUAGAUUAGCGACGUAUUAAAUAAGAAUGAACACAAAACCAACAAAAUAUAUGGAAUAUUAUAAGAAUUAUUAUUACCUUUAUUGUAGAAGCUAAACUAUAAUCAGAAUUCUCUUUUUUUAUUUCGACCCACAAAAUCUUAUCGCAUCGUAAUUUUCAUGUUAUGUUGAGUUCAUCAAUAAAGUGUUUAACUUUUCAUCAAGUUUGAAUAUAA